ACAAAAUGGGCGACUGUGGAGGACCGUAUUAAAUUAAUCGGUGUUUCCUUGGAAAUUUUAUUGAUAUAUUUAGAAAUCAAAUAAAAUAAAGCAUGGUAAUCGUCUCUUGGAGUGUCUGGACAAUACGCUCUGUUAGAAAUCGAGGAGCUUUCUGUAAAAAUGUUAACAAUAGUUAGAAUUAUGUACCAAAAUUCAUGUGGAAAUGGAUGUUAAGGAUUUGAGAACCGAAUCGACACUGGGUGAGCGUAACAAUGAUGUUAACAAGUACGCUCAAGGUGGGACAACAAUUCAAUGCAAUCAAAAUAACUUAUAUCAAGACAUCGGAUCUAACUCAUCAGGUAAAGUGGAUGCACCGAGUGCACGGCCCUGUGCUGUUAUUGGACCAGAUCGGGUGAUACCGCCGUCGCAGAAUGAUUGCUAUUUGAAAAAAGCCAGAGUUGAACCAUGGCCUUGUUCAAACAACGUAUAUCACCAACGACCACCUGAAUUUUCCCAUAAAAUUUACCAAAACCCUACAAGAAACAUAUCUCCAAGACAGACAUUCCAAGAAAAUAUGCAGCGGAUUUUGGUACCUCCUAUGUACAAAAAUGAUGAAAACCCUAUCACUCAAGCACCAGAUAGAAAUCCACUUCUGUCUAAAAACGUGAAACGUAAUAUUGUUGCUUCUGAAACAAAGUAUUGUGAUGUGCCUUAUGCUGUGAAUACAGUAAAUAAUGAUACAAAAGUUGUUAAAAGUGUUGAUUCUUCUGUGCCGCCUUUCAACCAAUCCUCACGUUUAGUUGCUCAAAGUUGGCCUUCUGGAAGUGGUAACUUACGUCAUCAAAGACAAUAUGGACCACCUGAACUCUACCAAUUCCCAGAAUAUCCAAGUUGUGUAGGUCCAAGAUCAGCUCCAGCAUCAAGACCAAACAGAACAGUAGCAGAAGAAGCUGGAUUUAUGUAUCCUGAACCUUACUGUCAAGAACCAAAUAUUCGUUUUAAGCCAUAUCCAAAUAUAAAAGACAGAUGUCCACCACCAAGGUAUGACUAUAAUUUAAGUACUAAUUAUCCUUAUCCGUUUCAUCCUAAUUUACACUCCCAGAGGUAUGAAUUAUCGAAGUCAAUAACCCCACAGCCAUAUCCUGGUUAUCCCCAUUUCCAGUACAAUGAUUCUAGAUUAAGUGAUCAUAUGAUUGAGAGGUAUCCAAGACCUGUAAAUGCCCAAAACAAUUGUGGGAUACCAUACAACAAUCAAAUUUUGCAUCCUGUAUAUGGACCUAUUAAUAACUAUCCUCAAGGUAAACUAUCACAAUAUCCAUUAGAAGGAUCUAUUAGGCCAGUUUCUUUAAACAAACUUCCUUAUGAUGGCAACAAUAAAAUAUAUGUAGAUUAUGAAAAUGGUAGAAUAAAAAAUUAUCAUACUUUUGACAACUAUUAUGUCAGCGAAACUACUAAAUAUCAUUCUGUUAAAAGUCAAGGAAUAUUACCGAACUAUCCUCAAAUGAAUAUGCAUGCUGUACCCCCACAUCCAUAUUAUAAAAAAGAUAUAAACCAGAAAGCCUAUGAACAUGCAAGUAUGGUUUUUAACAAUACUGUUUCAAGAAAUAUGCAGCAAUUCUCACCAAAUACUAUAGCUAUAUCUCCGACUGAUUCUAUAAUCAGUAAUGAUACAACACAAACGCAUGGUUCUACUCAAGAAGAUUGUGGCUACAUUAGCCAGUCAUCAACAACAAGUGUAAGAAGUAUUGAUUCAACUUUAAAUAGAGUACCAAACGAAUACUUUAUGAGACAUGAUUAUCCCUAUGCUUCACUUAUGAGAACACAAGCUGCAAUGCCAAAAUCGAGUUUAAUUUCCAAUAAUAAUACAGAAUCUAGUAACAAAAAGAACCUUAAUGUUAGACAGUUUCUACAAAUGUGGAAUGAAGGAGAUGAUGAGGGUAUUGAUGUGAAUUCCAGCAAAGAUUCUAAGGAAAAAACUGGCCCUCCUGUUUUAAAUAACCAAGAACAGUUGUAUGUUCUUGGUUUGGUUAAUGUCCCUAGUGAAGAACUUGGUAAAUAUGAUCAUAUCCAGAAGGUUUCUAAAUUACCUGAAAAUAUAAAAGGAUAUAGUAAUCUGGAGCUACUAAACCAAUUUGAAGAAGCAAUUGGUUCUACACAAAUAAAUUCUUUCAAGUCUCCUUUACAUUUUGAAACUCCUCAUCCUGUAAUAAAAUCUAGUUCUAUAUCAGGUGGUGAUAGAUUAGCCCGUCCAUUAUCACCUUUGGAUGUAGAAGCAAAAAUAAGUCAGUCAGUAAUCCAUAAGGAAGUCGGAUGUAACUUUGAGAUAAAACCUUGCAGUCCCAAAAUGUUACAUGUAGAAAUUGCAGCUCCAGUACAAAACAUUGGUGAAAGAAUAAUUGAAAAGAUUUCAAAUCCACUAUCUCAGUUGGUUAAAUCUCCUUCAAUGAACUCUGUAGAUGAGAAUAAUCAUUUCAAAUCUCAAAGCCCAUUUAACCCAAAUGAUAAAAUUACAAGUUGUAAAAUGGCAGAAACUCAGUAUCUUAAUAAUGCAGACGCCAUAAAAUCCAAUUAUAGUAUACAAGAUUUUGACAGUAGUUCUGGCGUGUGCUUAGCAUCUUUACCAAGAUUAGACAAUGAUAUAGAGUUUAAUUUCCCAGAAGUGAACCAGCAAUUUGUUAAUGCUAACAAAGGAACAACAACUAGUAUUCCUCCUACAUUAAAUGAAUCUGAACCUGGACCUAAUGAUAAAGCAUCAUUAAAUAAUUUAAUGAAUCAGCUCUCUCCAACUGCUGAAUCUGAAAAAGAAACUGUAAAGUUGAGUAAAUUUAGAAAAAUAAAACCACAGUCUGUAGAGGUGAUGAAAACUGAUCAACUUCCUUCACCAACUAUUAGAACUGACAGUGUAAUUAUAAAGAAUCCAGAAAAUCUGCAAAAUGUCAAUGAUAAUUUGACAAAUCCAAAUAAAACUCAUUUGGACAAUCAUGAUUCUACUGAUUCUCGUGAUAUAAAACCAUCUGUAAAAGAGAGUCAAAUUUCUGAUUCUAUUGUGGAAGUAUUUAGUCACCAUGACAAAUCGAAUGACAUGGCUAUUGAUUUCAGUUUAAAAAAUGAUGCUAAAGCAAUAGUUAAAGAAAUAGUUUUCCAUAAAGAUGUAAUACAUUCAACAUUAUAUCAAAGGGCCAAAGAAAAAUCUACUGAAGAUUACACUGAAAUUGCACCAGAUGUAAAUGAUAUAAAAAAUAAAAUAUUUUUGCAAAAAGACCCAGUCUGUUCCAUAUCUCAAAGUGAUAAAGUAAAUUUUAAUGAAGACUGUGUUAAACAGGUAGCUGAUGUAACUGAUAUAAAAACAAUAAUUUUACAAAAUGAUAUAAAAUCACCAGCAUUUCAAAGUGACAAAGAAAAUUCUAUUGAAGAAGCCACUGAACUUGUAGCAGAUUUAUCUGAUAUAAAAACCGAAGUUGAGACUAAAACAGAGAGUGAUUCAAAAGGGUCUUCAAGCAUUUUAUCAGAGAUUGAAGUAUCAAAUAUGCAAGUUGAUGAUAAUCACAAAGUAUUGAAUAUAGAAUUCCAAUUACCGAAUCUAAUUGAGAAUCAUGACUUAACAAAAGUUUCACACAGUUCCAAUACUAAUGAAACUUUUAUGGACAUGGAAACAAGUUGUAACCUUAUAGAAACCUACAAUAACAUCAGAGAAGAAAAAUCGAAUGAAAAUAAAUAUACUGAUGAGAAGUACCAAAAUAAUGAAAUUCAUUCCACCUGUAACAGAGAAGAAAAUAUCGUCAGUAUCGGAACUGAUCAAGAAAUAAAUGCUCUAGAUGAAAUUUCAAAUAAAUUAGACGAAGAAGAAUUCCAGAACAUUAAUGAAAUGAAAGUAAACUCAGAUAGUGAUAUAGAUACAUCGGACAAAUCAUGUAAAUGUCCUUCAAAAUCGAAGAUAUGUCAAACACUUCAUCCUUUAGAAGAUACUAGUUCACACACCUUAAAGUCUGAAAGUACACCUACCACAGAAAAUCAUUCAAUUGAUUUUGUAUUUCAUGGCGAUGGUCAAUUGCAUAAUUCGCAAUCAUCUACUAAUAACACCAAUGAAUAUAACAUCACUGAUGAUUGUAAUAUUGAAAACCCUCAUUCGAGAAACACAUAUUCACUCCAAGAUGAUGGUAAGUCAGAAAAAGAAUUAGACUUUUUAAAUACUACUGGAGAACUUGCAUUUAUUUCCGAGAUUAAUAUAAAAAGAGAAACUAACAUUUCCAAAGUUAAACUUUGUUCUCCUUGGCUACAAAAACUUAUUUUACACACGAAUGAAUCCAGUCAAACGCAAAAUAAUCAUCUAGAAAAUCCUAUAAAGAGUCUGAAUCAUACAUCAAUUUUAACCUUAGAUGGGGAACCGUUAGUAGAUAAUUUGGGCUCAUGCAGUAAGUGCGCUGACUAUGAGAAUAAUUUCGAUGAAGAAAGAAACUGGAAAUGCAACGAAAGCAACUGUUCACCAAAUGCCGGUUGUAAUACACAAGACCCAUUUGUUCAACCAGAUCAUACUGUUCUGCGAGAAACUAAGGGUCAAUUAGACAUCGACAAAGAAGAACACGUAGAAAGUUUUUGUCAGCAACUUGUGCCGGAAGACCGUAUAGCAGCAGAACACCUCCAUUGCGAGGAUCAUUUGACUGACCUAGAAACCUCAAAUUUACCAACAGAUGUGACCAUUUUAAAUAAUGACAAUGAGAGGUAUAACAUUGAUUCGUGUAACAAAGUUGAAGAUGACGGAAACAAUGCUGUGAGUAAUUCUGAAGAAAAUAUUAUAGAUUGUACUUUGGAUAAUGUAUCUUUUGAAUGCGAUAAUUAUUCAGGAGCUGUCUUACGGCAAAAAAUUACUCUGAAAAGAUCAUAUUCAGAUUCGGCUUUGGAUAAAAUAAAAAAUGGGUCAGAACAGGAAGAUUCUUUAAUAUGGCCUACGAAACGGAAAAAAGUUAAUAAUGCUGUUAUAACACAAAAUAUUUGCAAUAUCUUUCAAAAUAACAGAAGAAAUUCCAUUUCUUCAGUAUAUAAUGAAGAAAACGUGUCUUACUGCAUCUUUAUAGGUAACGAAUGUAUUAUAGAUGAUGAAGAAAAUGUUGAAGAAAAGGUAUGUCAUACACAAUGUUCUGAAUUAAGUAUUACUAAUGAAAAUAAUGACAAUUUAAAGAAGCACGAUGACAGUAUUGGAAUAAGCGAUGAAAUACCAGACAGAAAAGAUUCUGACCAGUUGCUUAUUUUCGAAAGCAGCGAAGAACAAUCACCUGUUGGUUCGUGGGUUGAAGAUGUGGCAUGUAUUGAAACUGUCGUUAGUGAUGAAAUUGCUGAAGACGUUUUUAUAAAUGACGCAGUAUCACCUAAGCUCAACGAAUUUUUUGAAAAUGCUGCUUCUGAUAUUUCUGCUAAUGAACUCCCAGAAAAUGAUUACGAUUAUAGAGUUCAGACUUACCAAGACGAUGAGGACUUAGUGCAAGCACUGUAUAGCGCUAAUUUGAGUGAAAAUAAAUCAUUUCAUAAUUGGCCCAGUAGAAUUACGCAAGAGCCUGCGUUUGAUAGAGAAUCAUUAGAAAAAAUACUGUCUGAUACUCAAGAUGAAGUAGAAGCGUUAGUUAAUCAACAUAGAUAUGAUAAUAAUUUUAUGGUUAACGAUAUAGAUACCAAUGAGGUAAUAAGAGAUAAUAAAGAAAACGUCGAUAUCGGUAACUUUUCUCCUUUAGGAACUUUUAGAAAUAACGACAAUGUCUACAAAAUAGAACAAGAAAUUAUUAAUUUAAAGACAUAUGGUAGCGCUCAAGAUGAAACCAUUCAUUCUUGUGAAUCUAGUAUAGACAGUGUCACUUAUAAAACGACUGAGGGAGAUACUAAUUUCAAUAACCCCAAUUCUCCAGAAGUAUCAUCAACUACUUCUGAAGAAAAGAGCUCUGGUAUAUUACUUAAAAUAAAAAAUUACAAGGGCUCAAAAAUAUCACAAAUAAAUGAAUUUCGAUUACAGAAUGAUACCAAAACUUGUAAACAUAGUGAUAACACAAAUGAAAAUUACAUGCAUUCCAAUAUAAGUGAUGUACACGUUAAUCGUCCUUUAAUAACUAAAGCUGCUCAAAAAUACAUUCCACCACUAAAAGAAUCCAUUGGCGAUCUUAAGGUGAAAUUAGUUUUACCACAACAUAGUUUAUUAAAAUUGAAAAAAAUGAAAUUGUCCAAAGAUUCACCAAAGCCUAGUAUUAAAGAAAGACAAACACAGGACACUGUCGCUAAGUAUCUGAAAAAACCGAAGCCAAAAUUUGAAGAUGUUUUAAAAAGCAUUGAUGAAAUUCAUUUUAAAAUGCACAAAGAAAAGAAGAAAAUAAAAAAAUCGAUACCUAAAAUGGUAAUUAAAAAAGCGGAAAACGGUUCGCAUUACGCCAGUACACCAGAGAAUGAUAACUUUAAUCCUGAUUUAACUGGACGAAGAUGGCAACCUUGGGUGUUCCUAGAGAAAAACCAAUUCAUCGACAAAAUGGCUUUGAAAAAAAAAAUUAAAGCCGUAUUCAGUCACAGGAAAAAUACAUACGUUUUGGCUGAAAAAUUCCACAAAUAUAAGUCUGUUUACAGUACAAAAUUUGUGAUAUCACAGCCAAAACCUAGUGAUCAUCUUAAAUACACGAUAAGAUUAAAACAUGAUUAAGGAAGCUUGUUUGAAGUAAAAGUUUGAAAAAUUUUUGGACCUAAACCUAAAUACAAACAAUCCCACCAUGGCAAAGGUCCGAUUCCUGAUAUAAUAAUUCCAUUUAUAAAUUAUAUCAUGUUACCUAAGGUUGUUGACAUAUCUAAGUGUUUUAUUAUGUAUUAAGCCAAAUUCUAUAAUUUAAGAGUGAUAUACAAAACAAAGAAAAUAAUUAGGCAUUGCACGAUCGCGCAAUAUGAUCUGAUCUGUAUUUUGUUAUUGUUUUUCAAAUUUUAUGAUAUACUCGUUUUGUACACCGUCAUUCUAUCAUCUAUGAAUAACAUUUUGUGUAAGGGCGUUAAAUAUGUGUGUAAAUAUUAUGUUUUUUCAGAUUAAAGAGAAUUUACAAUAUUUAUUUUAAAGUUAAUUUUUUUUUAAGUAAGUAAAAACAAAUAGUUCGCAACGUUAAGGUUUAUGGUUUUUGUUCUUGUGUAUUUUUUUAUUGUGCUGUAAAUUUUUAUAGGAUACGUUUUCGUUUAUCAACUUUUGAUUUCAGUUGUUUCUUGUGAUUCAAAUCAUGCAUUAUGAUUAUGAACCCUCAAGUUUAUUUUAGAUAGUUCCAUUAAUUCAAAAUAGCGAAUACAGUCUGGUGCUUUGUAGAUAUUCUCUAGUAGGUGGUACCUACCUUCCCGCAAAAUAGUAAUUAAUUUUAUUAUCAAUAUACAGAUAUUUACUAUUUAUUACAUAUUGCAAUAAACAGAUUUUUCCCAAGUAAAUAAAAUCUAAAUCCAGUUAAGAAUAUUUGGGUAUUCGAAAAUGUUUCUAUAAAGCUACAAAGAUUUGUUAUGUUACUAGGAUAAAAGUAUAUGAAGAUUUCCUUUUUUUUUGAGUGUGACUGACCAUCACGUAUGUACGAAGGUUCGAAUUGCUCACUUAAAUAGUAAGCGCGUAUUGAGAUAUGUACCUAUAUUAAAUUAAGAUAAUUAUAUAUUUUAUGCUAUCUAGAUUAGAUAACAGAAGCACAGGAGACGUGUAGUUAAUAACAUAUGUAUAUAAAAUAUGCGUUAUUGUUAUAUUUACAUUAUUUAUAUAGUAAAUGGGUACAGGUCCUGAAUAUAAAUAAAAUUUGUAAUCGUACUUUAGAUUUAGGUAGUUAAUGAAAUAAAAACCGUGAAAUAACCGUAUGUAGUGAAUAUAAAAAUCUUCGAUAUUGUAGAAAAGAGGGGAAGCAAACUGGUAAAAAGUAUUUACGUAGCAUUAUCUGCGCAUAAAAUAAAUCAAGAUACAAUUUGUUUUUUUUUUUGAAGCUUUUUAUUGUUAUGUAAAUGCUUUUCUGCCUUCCGAUGUUGCCUUAGAUAUUACACAGAUAACAGCACUCGCUUUAAGUUCGGAUUUUAUCAAUAAUGGUAAUACAUCUAAUAAUGCGAUCAACCAAUUUGGAUAACUCGCUAACAGUGCCUUUCUAGCUAGUGCUGCUAUCAGCUAGAUUGAAAUGGCAAUAAUUUAGGUGUCUUUUUUUGUGUUUUAUACCUUUACUCCAAUAAUAUACAUAUUAAAGAAUUUGCACUGAUCUCAUUUUCAAGGCACUCACCAUAUUAUUGUUUUGCCUGAACGUGCCUAUUUAUGAAAAUUAAUACAACUAUUUUGAUAUCUUGUACAGGGUGUUUAAUAAUUAUACCAAAUAUCUGCUUUUAAGUCCUGCAUUACAUGUAUUUGAAAGCGUUGCCUUUGUAGUUAAUAAAACAUAGUUAAUUUUAAUGUAUUCACGUUGAUUGAUUGUAUAGAUUUUAUUAUUUAUAAAAUAUUUAUGAUCGCGUAAGAUUUGGUAGUUUGUUGAAGUGGUUAGGAUAAUCUAUGUACAAAAUAUGAAAGUUGAAUUUUGUUCUUUUCAUUAUUUUGUUAAAUAUCUUAUCUUAUAGUUGUUGCAGAAUACGUAUUACGUCCAAUUGUAAUGGGUAAGAAGUUUCCAAUGUUUUCAUUGUUUGUUUUGUAAAGUUUUCUAACAUUGUUAAUUCCAGAUUCAUGUUUAAUUCAACCUAUAUUUAUGAUCGAAUGGUAUUGUUUAAUCUGCAUAUUCACCAAAAAGUUAGAGAUUUAUGUUAAUAAUUUUGUAUUUAUUUUAAUUGCGACGAGAUGCGCAUCUUUAGUUACAAGAAUUCUAAAUGAAAAGUAUAAGCCUAAUUAGAAUAAUUUUGGAUCGGAGUAAUCAGUUGAACAACUACGUAAAUAUAAACGAGUGGUGAAUAAAGAAACUGGAAUACCGCUCUGGUUUUGAAAUUCUGAACAUAUUAUUCCAUUACUUACAUUAUUCCAUUACCCAACAUUCGUUUCAAGGGAAUUGUUGAAAACAAACAGCUCCAAAAUUAGUUAAUUUAUAUCGAGCUAGACUGGAGCUGACGACUGAUACUAAUACUUGAUAUUUAUAUAUUAAAAAACUUUUGUUUUUAAUUAUUAUUAUAGACU